AUGAACAGUAAAAGGGAAUCGCUUCGAAAAGUCCGACGUAUUUUGAAGCGCACUUCACUAGAAAUGCGUCGAAUUACAUCUGUUGUGGUGGAAAGUUCUUUAGAUCCAUCAAGUUUCAAUACUCCUCCAUUUUCCCUGGAAAACUCUGGGUGCUUAUGUGAUAAUCAAGAAGAUUGGGAAAAAGAACCUCCUCAAACUGAGUUUAGCUUAAGUGAUGAACUGAUCGCUGGUAUGGAAGCGAUUGUUAACCAUCGUCUUUGCUUGCAUAAUACUCUUUGUAAGAUUCCUCCCGAUGAUAAAAGAGAAGAGUCUCGCGCCCUUAUUUUUCUCACUCUUCCUCCAACAAAUUCUUCGGAUUUUGAUGACUCAGAAGGAAUCAAAACUGCCUUCCUUCGGUUUUUGGAAGAGGCUGAAUCUUACCUAUCUAAGGCUAGUGUUUUGAUAACAAGCGAUGCUACUGCCAAACAACCCGCUCCUGCCCCUUUGUCGAUUAAACCAAUUAUCCCUGAUGUAUUGAGUAUUCCUGGGUUCAGUCAAUACGUAGCUCUGUGUUUAAAGAAGACUUCAAGCAAUACUAUCUUUAAUAUCCUCUCAAAUCCUGAACUCAGAGUAGCAGCUUCUACCGUUAAGACAAUUAUUGGAUGCGCGUGCAGUCAGAUAACAGGAAGUGAUCCACAACACUGUCUUAACCGGUUAAACUACCUCCUCACAUUUUUUGAAGGCUCUCCCGUACGAACCCCUGGGGCUGGGGCAGAAUCAUUUCGUCUUCCUCAGAAUAUGGGAUUCGAAUUCGCUUGGCACAAUCUGAUUAAGGCCGCAUUAGCUCAAGCAGAACGCCAGUUUGCCUUCUCCUUAUCAAGUACUCUUCCCUUUGCUGCUGUUCUUGCAACCCUACUUGGUCGCUUUCCUGACUAUAUUCCCCUGUUUUUGGCCCACACGGCUACAGCGUGUCCUCUCCUUACGCUCUAUGCAGAUGAUGAGAAUACUAUAUUCGCCUCAGUGGAAGCCUCUGGCGGCGUAAAUGAAGAGGUAUUACGAAAUUGGCGUGGUAUCUCUCGUUUGUUUGCUGCAGUACUUUUGGCGCGACUCCCUCCUGGUUUCAAAAAUCGCCCGGUGCAUCUCAAUCCUAAGCUCCUUUGGAUUACUAUCGCUGGAAUUGCCAGACACAAGAACAAAUUGGAAGUGACAGCCGUGGUUCUUCGAGGCUUAAUCGAGACCGGUGGCUAUGUUCUUCUCAAACUGUAUAAACACCAAGCUCGUCGUCUGUUUAAGAGUCUAAUGGAUGCGACCAAAGGUUCCCAAUCAACCUGGGAGUUGGGUUUGGUCUCCUGUCUAGAGCUACUUCUUGAUUCAAAUACUUCAGCGGAGAAUGGACACGGAGUGAUUUUUGAUGACUUUUGGAAUUGA